GCGAUAUUGCUAGCUCUUCUCCUUGUGCGGCCAUGGGCUAUCCAAGAGUUCCCCUUCUUCUCCUCAUCCUCCAAGCUCACCUCUGCCUCGUGUCCCCUGGCGUCGCUGGGCUCUCUUUCAGCUACGACUUCUCCAUCCCGGAUCCGGGCCGCAUCAACAGGAAGAUCUUGAGGUACAUCAGCCAGACCCCUCCCCGACUAUGGCAACAGCGAAAACCGCUGUGGAGGCGUCAUCUGUCUACAUAGCAGCUACGUGAAGAAUAGCUCUGCCCGUGUCUUUUACAAGCAGCCGGUUCGCCUGUGGGACGGCCUCACCGGCAAGAGAGCGAGCUUCAGCACUAGCUUCUCAUUCUCUAUGAGUGGCCUCCGAGUGGGGUUGAAUACCACCACCCUACCGAAAGGGCCUGGCACCGCGUUCUUCAUCGGGCCGUUCCCCUCGAGCCUGCCGCCGAACUCAGGCGGCGGGCUCCUGGGCCUCUUCGGCGACAAAUCAUCUUUUACGCCCACCGUGGCUGUGGAGUUCGACACGCAGUGGGACGAAGGCUGGGACCCCUACGACGCGACCGGCGACCACGUCGGCAUCAACGUGAACUCGAUCCAUUCCGACAGUUACUCCAGGGACUUGGCGAAAGGGGACCUCGCCGCCGGUACCGUUUCAGCAAACGUCACGUACGACGCAGGCUCCAAUCUGCUGGAGGUUACCGUACGACUGGCCAACGGGAGUACUACGAGCAUCAGCGCACUACUCAACUUGAAGAAGCAACGGUUGCCACAGGACGCGGCCAUUGGGUUCUCGACCGGCAAAGGGGAGGACACCAAUUUCAGUCCCGUCCUCAUCUCGUGGUCAUUCAGCUCAACAGAUCCAAGGACCCCGUUAUGGGUGAUAAUACUGUCGUCUGUUGCAAGUGCAUUAUUGGCCGCUUCAGUAGUGGCCGCUCUGAUUUUCUUUACCAUGCGUAAGCGUUGGGCCGCGAUGAUGAAGAUAGAGUCGCCAGUUGCGAAGGAGUUCUCGUACAACGAGCUGUCGGCGUCGACCAACAACUUCUCCGAGGACAGGAAGCUCGGCGCCGGCUCAUUCGGGAAAGUGUACAGGGGAGACCUGAAGGAUCCGCGCAUGCCGCCGGUGGCAGUGAAAGUAUUAACAGGGCACAUGGAUUCGCAGAUCAGGAAGGACUUUGUCACCGAGGUCACGACCCUGUGCCAGCUGAGCCACCGGAACCUGGUGAAGCUCGUCGGCUGGUGCAGCGACGGCAAGCCGCUCAUGCUCGUGUACGAGCUGGUAACCAACAGGAGCCUCGACGAGCACCUCCACGGCCAAGGGAGGCUGCUCACCUGGACUGAGAGGUACCAGGUCGCCCUUGACAUCGGCUUCGCCAUCGAGUACCUCCACAACGGCUGCAAGGAGCCCAUCCUUCACCGGGACAUCAAGCCCGACAACGUGAUGCUGGACGACGCGUUCCACGCCAAGCUCGGCGACUUUGGGCUCGUGAGGCAGGUCAACCCCGGACAGGGCUCCCUCAGAGGCACGACAAUGAUCGGGAGCUACCACUACAUGGACCCCCAGUGCACCAAUGGCUCAGCGAGCACCGCGUCCGACAUGUACAGCUUUGGCGUGCUGCUGCUGGAGGUCGCCACCGGCAAGAGGUCUCAAGCGUCUCUCGACCCAGAAAAGGGCUUCCCAAACAGCCUGACUAGCACUGUCCGGGAGUCGUACCAUAAGGGCCACGUCGUCGAGAUGGCUGACGCGCGGCUCAACGGCGAUUUCGACAAGAGCCAGAUGGCACGCGUGCUCACAGUCGGGCUCCUGUGUGUCCAACUCGAUCGCGCGCUCCGGCCGGAAAUCAGAGAGGCCAUCAACAUGCUGUCUAAUCCAAGCCAUCCGGUACCUCAACUUGGUGCCUGAAAGCAUUAGCUCGCCUUCGCCAUCAAUAGUUUAGGGACAAAAAUGCAAUUUUGUUUAAGGACUGGCCAUGAUAUUUUACUUCUAUUGUUAAUGUAGAAAAACAAAAGCUAGCAAAAGGUAUACAUGCAUGAUGUGUAUCACCCUAGUGCAAGUGUUUAUGCUGCAUCUCUUCGACAUGAAUGGCAUCCUAGGUGGCCUUGCUUACCAUAGAAAACUACAUGAGGCUCCUCUCCCUUGAUGGGAUCUGUCGCAGGUGCCACAUUCUUUGGUGCUCCAAGUGCUGCAGUGGGUUUCGUGUAUAUCAAGUUCAUCAAUAAGGGCACACAUUGCAUGUUUAGAUGUAGGGCACA